AUGGCCGGAAAUAAUAGUUAUGAAAAGAAUGGAUUUUCGGAAAGUGAGGAUGAAUUGGACCUCCCAAUAUACGGAAAUAGUUUGAUUCAAAGUGACAGAAAUGAAGAUGGAUACAGUGAUACUGAGGGCGAUAGUGAUGACAGCGAUGUAAUAGUAUACCGAAGACGAAAUGUACGGCGUAUUGAAUCAGAUACUGAUGAUGACGCAGGCACCUCAAUGGGAAAUGAUGACUGGGUCGACGUUACGGAGGAUGGGUACAGGCCCUAUCGAAUCAAUUUUUCUAUUGGAUCAAAAAUGACAGGCCCGCAAGUUUCCUCCGAUAUUUUGGAACCGAUCCAAUUUUUCAAACUGUUUUUCACGGACGAGCUAGUUGAUGAUAUUAUAAGAGAAACAAAUAAUUAUGCAAGAUCUGUGUUGGCAUCAAAAAAUCUUAGCAAAGACUCUGUAUGGCACACGUGGCAUGAUGUUGAUACAGAUGAAUUCUGGGCAUUUAUCGGAGUCAUCCUAGAUAUGGGUACAAUGCCUCUCGCCAAUAUGCAAGAGUAUUGGUCUACUAGGAAUAACAGCAGAAUCCCCUUCUUUCCGAGUGUAUUUACAAGAGCUCGAUUUCAACAAAUAUUUUGGAUGCUCCACUUAAAAACACCGGACUCUGGUAACACGGAUCUAAAUACCCGCAUACAGCGGGUCAGCAUUUUUUUGGAAUACCUGGAUUCAAAAUUUUCUGAAUAUUUUAUUCCUGGACAAAACAUUUGUGUGGACGAAUCCAUAGUUCAGUUUAAAGGGAAAAUCUCCUUCAUUACUUAUAACCCUAUAAAGCCAACGAAGUGGGGUAUAAGAAUUUAUGCGAUGGCAGACUCGGAAACAGGAUAUAUUUACACCAUUUUGCCUUAUUAUGGAAGUCUCACAUCACAAAACCUUGUCCGUCCAAAUCUACCAGUUACCACCAGGAUUCCGCUACAUCUGUACCAAAAACUCUUAAACAAUAUUCCCGAGGCACAGGGUUAUCACAUGUUCACCGAUAGGUACUAUACCAGUAUCCCUUUGGCAGAAGAGCUUAGGAAAUUGAAUUGCCACUUAACUGGGACUAUAAAAGCCAAUAGAAAAGGUAUUCCAUCGGUCUCAAAAAAAACAAAAUUUUCUGAAGAAAAUACCUUCGUCAGCAAGAAAGGGAAUGUCAUGUUCCUGGCCUGGAAAGACAAAAGAAUCGUCUCUUUCUUAACCACAUGGAAUGAUACUGGUAUGGUGGAUUUAACAAGAAUUCUACGAGGAGGGAAAGUGGUUAACAUUAGGAAGCCUAAUGCAAUUACCAGCUACACAGCUUCUAUGGGCGGCGUUGAUCGAGCCGAUCAAUACGCAUCCAUGUAUUGUUUUUUACGAAGAUCCCUUAAGUGGUGGAGGAAAAUGUUUUUCUGGGGCAUGGAGGUGUCGGUCAUUAACUCCUAUAUUUUAUAUAAAACUAUAAAAAAAAAUCGAAAUGAGAAACCGUUGACGCACCUAAAGUUCGUCAAAUUACUGGUCGAUCAACUCGUUAACAAUUUCCGGCAACAAAGGACGAGAGCGUCAACUUCCUCGUUUGCGUCUGCUGAAGUAAGGCUGAACGGUAAGCUUCAUGAAAUGCGGAGAGGGAAAAAAAGAGAUUGCGUUGUGUGCUCGAACAGGCAGAAGAAAGGCGAAAGACAUGAAACCAGCGAAUAUUGCGAUACCUGCCCUGGUAAACCACGAAUGCAUCUUGGGGAUUGUUUUUCAAGAUACCAUAAAAUGAAAAAUUUCAAAAAAUAA